AUGGCCAUCACUGAACUCAUUUUCCCAGCGAUCAAGACUGAUCCAGGCUCGCUCAGAGAAAUCGAACAAGACUGGCCGAUAAUCAGCAAAAGAUUGACACACCCUAAUCCUGGGUUGCUUAAUGCCUAUCGCGGCUUUCUCCUCACUGAGAACGGAGAAGAUGUGAGAAAUUCUCACAGAGAGUUCCUUCUAUUUGAGUGGGUUAAAGCGGAAUGCUUCCAUGCCUUCAUAAAGUCCGACCAAUUCGGCAGCUUUGCUGCUUCAAUCAAGCAUCUGGUGAAUGGGCCGCCGACGCUACAACUCUUUAAAACCAAUAUUAGCCCGAGAGAGGCAGCUUCAGCCUCCGUUGUUGAGAUCAUUCGGCUGAGUAUCUCAGACCCUGAGAACGCCGAGACAUCAACCCAGACAUGGGAACGGAUCUCUCGCUUUCUUAGUGGGAAGGCUUCUGUCACGUACGGACCAAGUUCCAAUCUUGAGAACGAUAUGGUUGCCGGCAUCAUAGGAUGGCAUGACAUAGAGACUCGAUCUCAGAUAAUCCAAGACUCCGAAUACACAGAAGCGCUCAACUUACUCCAGUCCCUGGGCGACGUCAACCAGAUUACCGUCGACAUCGAUGUAAUGGAACUACCGCCGCUGUGA